AUGAGUUCUGAAUUUGACAUCACAGCGACGUAUCUUCGUUUUCUGGAAGAUGAUCCCGAUAUCACGAUGCCAAUCGCCGCCAUUGAAUCACUGGUCACUCUUCUUAAGAUAAAACAACCUUCCACUAGUGCGGAGCUCAUUACGCUACUAUCAGGUGCCAUCAGCGAGCUGAAAACCUCCGUUCCAAACGCUAUUUCUUUAAGUGCUGGUUGUGAUCUGUUUAUGAGAUUCGUAUUGAGAAAUACCCAUUUGUACUCAGAUUGGGAAUCUUGUAGGACGAAUUUGGUUGAGAAUGGCCAGUUAUUUAUCCAGAGAGCUAAGGAAUCCAGAAAUAAGAUUGCUGAAAUUGGUUUACCAUUUAUAAAGGAUGACGACAUUGUCCUGGUACACUCGUACUCCCGAGUAGUUUGCAAUUUACUGAUAAGAGCAUUCCAGAAACACAUAAGAUUCAGAGUUAUAUGCACAGAAGCAAGGCCUACGGAAACCGCAAAAUCUGACACUAUGGCAUAUUUGCUCCGCCAAGCAGGUAUACCUGUGGCUAUGAUCUACGAUAGUGAGGUAGGAUUUUUCAUGCAUAAGGUAGAUAAAGUAUUUGUGGGGGCAGAGGGAGUAGCAGAAAGCGGAGGAAUUAUUAAUCAUAUUGGAAGUUAUCAAAUGGGUGUUUUAGCAAAGAACGCCAACAAACGGUUCUAUGUUGUUGCUGAAUCUCACAAGUUUGUUAGAAUGUUCCCACUCGGCCCAGAUGACUUAUCUAUUAAGAAGAAGUUGGAGUUCAGCACUGAAGAUAAACCUAUCGAAACGAGACACUUGGAAUUUACUCCUCAUGAAUACAUUACCGCUUUAAUCACGGAUUUGGGUGUCCUAACACCAAGUGCUGUUUCCGAGGAACUUAUUAAAAUGUGGUAUGAUUAA